AGCGCGGGGCGGGGGUCGGGUAAGAGGCCUAGUCUCACCGAGGGGACAGAGCGCCGCUAGGACCCUGUGCCCAGCAGGGCUCAGCCCGGCCCCGCCCAGGCCCCGCCCCGCGCUCUCCCCCAAGCCUUCUUCACCAGCCCCCCGCCGAGGCGGUGCCGGGAGCAGAGUCCGGUUCCCUCGUGCAGACUGCGCGCGUCUCCUUUUCCUCUGCAUCUGCGCCAGGCGUGCUGUCCGUCGCCGAGCCUCCGGUCCCCGGUGUGCCUGGCCACCCACGCCCCUAGGAUGUGGUCCAGCCUGAACGAGUGGCUAUGGCAAGAAAGGUUCUGGCUACCACCCAACAACUCGUGGGCUGAACUGGAGGACCGGGAUGGCCUGGUCUUCGCCCACCCCCAGGACAUGCUCAUGGCCUUGCCCCUGGCUCUGGCCCUGGUGGCUGUGCGCUAUGUCUUCGAGAGAUUCGUCGGUGUGCCCUUGAGCCGGCUGCUGGGCGUGCGGAACCAGAGGAAGCAGCCAGCGAAGCCCAACGCCACUCUGGAGAAACACUUCCUUAGUGGAGGGUGGAAACCCACGGAGCCCCAGAUGAGCCUCCUGGCCACUCAGUGUGGCCUUACACUGCGGCAGACGCAACGCUGGUUUCAGAGGCGCCGGAACCAGGAACGGCCCUGCCUGACCAAGAAGUUCUGUGAGGCCAGCUGGAGGUUCACCUUCUAUCUGUGUGCCUUCAUUGGUGGAGUCUCAGUCCUGUACAAUGAGUCAUGGCUGUGGGCACCGGUAAUGUGCUGGGAAAGUUACCCACAGCAGCCCCUGAAGCCAGCCCUGUACCACUGGUACCUCCUGGAGCUGAGUUUCUACAUCUCCCUGCUGAUGACGCUGCCCUUUGACAUCAAGCGCAAGGAUUUCAAGGAGCAAGUGGCGCAUCACGUCGUGACCAUCACUCUGAUCAUGUUCUCCUAUAGCACGAACCUACUGCGCAUUGGCUCUCUGGUGCUGCUACUGCACGACUCCUCCGACUACCUGUUGGAGGCCUGUAAGUUGUUCAACUAUACCCACUGGCGGCGUGUGUGCGAUGCUCUCUUCAUCAUCUUCUCCUUGGUCUUCUUCUACACUCGCCUUGUGCUCUUCCCCACCCAGAUCCUCUAUACCACAUACUACGAGUCCAUUGCCCAGUCGGGCCCCUUCUUCGGCUACUACUUCUUCAAUGCCCUUCUGAUGCUGCUGCAGCUGCUGCACGUGUUCUGGUCUUGCCUCAUCCUUCGCAUGAUCUACCACUUCAUGAAGAAAGGCCAGAUGGAGAAGGACAUUCGCAGUGACGUGGAGGAGUCCGACUCCAGUGAUGGAGAGGUGGCCCAGGAGUGCCUGCCACUGAAGAAUGGGGCAGCUCACCAGCCCGGAGCAGCCCCCACUGAUGGCCCACGGAUCCGGGCCACAGGGCAGUUGGCCAAGGGGCCCCCAGCAGCCACGUAGCUGGCCGAGGACUGGCCACCAGGGGCUGCCCCAGCUCCUGGCAGUUUGGCCUGGUGGGGCUGCUGGACCAGCGGCCCUGGGGCCAACUCUGGAGACAGGGAGGGCCCUGCUCCUCAGGGUAUCGGGGAGAGGGCUGAUGAUCUGUCUCCACUCUCUUCCUUCUGCCCACCCUCCCUCUUUCCCUCAGGCAACUGGACAGCUGGGGGCAGCGGGCAGCCACAGGAUGCUGCAGCCUGCCAGAGCCACCUCCAGGCUGCAGCCGGGGGACCGUGAAGAGCCCCAGGCUCAAAGGGGUACAAUAAAACUUGAAUGGAGCCAC